CAUUCGUUUUCAUUGGCUGAUCCGCGCGUCAUCAAGAGGAAACCCUUUCUGAAUGACCAAUCAACGGAAAGCGGAUUGUCUGACGAUUAUUUUGGUACAUGAUAAUCCAAGGUGAAAGAGGUCAAUGUCAAGUCGGCAAUUGUUUUUCUGGAAAAUUAUGAAUUUAUCAUGGACGUAAACAACAGCACAAUGAACGAUGCCGUUGGCGAUUCAACAGAAACUAUAUUAGGACUGCUGGUCAGUUUUUUUAUAUUUAUUAUUGACCAUGUCUGGUACAUGAACAUGCAUAAUGUUGAUUCCUGCUGGAUAUGACCCUUAAUAACUUCAAAUCUACAAAUGCUGGACGUUUGAAACCUGUACGAGAUAGAUGACGAGAGAUGUAUAGACAUGCUGCUGCUGGACAGUACUGCCUCCAAUGGCAAUUCUUUUUUUCUCAAAUACAAACAAUAACAGUCUGAUGGUAACCAGUAUUGGUAUAUGUAUAAAAAAAGUUCAAGAAUUCUGAAUUGUUUUAGUUAUUUUGAUUUACAUUUGCUCCUGCUGUCACAACACAGAUGCUAUCAUGACACAUUUGAAUUAUUUAUCAAAAUCUUUUGAAAUAUAAACAAAAGUGAUUAGUUUAUUUGAAAAUGCUUACUUGUCAAUGCAUCUGAGGUGGCGACACUUGUAGUAAAUUGUUUUUGCAUGAUGUUUUGGUGGUGAUUUUAUUAAUAUAUAAAUCAAUUUUAAUUUUCAGGUGAAAUAAAUACAGCUAAAAUAUUGAAUAAAGACAUAACAGAGCUGUUUCAAAAAAAUGUAUUUCAACAAGGGGUUGUGAUAGGGAAAGAGAAGUUUCCGAAUAUUAAUUGGGAUUUGUAUGAUCAAGUUGUACUAAGAACAAAAGUUAACAGAGUAGUUGAGAAAGUUAAGAAUUUAAGGAAGAACAAUAAGGCCAAAUUAAAUAGUUUUCUUGAACAAGACUUUCAUUUUCCUGUUAAAAAGCCUGUCACAUCUUCAUUUGAAUACCUACAAGAGAAUGAAAGAAAAAGAGUGAAAGAAAUAGAGAAAGAAAGAAACAGAGCUGUUGGUGAAAAUGUGAAAUUAAAGAGACAACUCAAAGAAACUGAUUUUAAUUUAGACAAUUUAGAGUUGCAAAUUGAACAUUUUGAAACUAAGAGUCAUAUAUUGUUAAGACUUUUAGAUAUAGCAGGGGAAAAAUGUAAAGAUACAUUGCACCUUAAAAGGGAAUGUAAAUCUUGGGAAAAAAAAUAUGAUAACUUGUCAAACCAGUUAGACACCAAUUUAGAUAAAUUGCAAGAUAUGAAUGAGCAAUUGGCAAGUUUUGGGCCAAGAAAUACAAGUAGAAAAAUUAGAAGAAGGGAUCAAAAAAUUGAAAAGUUAGAGGGUAUAAUUGAUGAGAAACAAAAUGAACUAGGCCAACAAAAUGUAGAAAUAAAGUUAUUAAACAAGGCAUGUGAGAAAAAUGUAUCUGAUUUAGAUAAAUUAAAGAAAGAUAAGAGAAGUCUGUUGGUAAAAGUCUGUAGAAUGUCAAAACAGCAGCAUUCUUCUAAAUUUGAUCAAAUAAGAGAAGAACAUGUUUUUGAAAUACAAAAUUUAAAAGCUGAUAUAGCUGCCAAACAAGAUAGAAUAUUAGAAUUGGAAGAUUUAAAUAGCAUUUUGGCAGAUGAUAAAAUAGAAUCAUUUUAUGAUGGUAAAUUCUCAAAUGAAGUAAGGGAAACUAUCAUGACUUUACUCACUGAGUGUGGAGUAAGUCAAAAGAAAGUUAAUAAUGUAAUUAGCAUAGUUUUAAAAAAUUUGACUGGUAAGCAACUGUCAAGAUUGCCAAGUGCUGGUGUGAAAAGCAGACUUUUAAUUGAGGCAAAAAGGGUUGCACAAAAACAGGUAGCAGAAGCUAUGCUUAAUUAUGAGUAUGAUUUGCCUGAUGUAAAUGACAUGGGCCAAGGACAUAAAGGCAACUGCUUACAUCAAGAUGCCACUUCCAAACAUCAUAAGCAUUUUCAGUCUUUCCAAAUUACAACACCUGAUAAAAAAACUUUUUCAUUAGGCCUAAAUGAAGUUGGAAGUGGCGAUGCUGCAUCAAUCAUGUCCUCAUUUAAAAACAUAAUUUCUGACUUGGGACAGGCAGCACAAAAUGAGCCUGAGAUUGUCUCGCGUUUAACGUGUAGCAUUGUUUCAACAAUGUCUGACCAAGGGGCAGCUAAUCCUCUUUUUAAUCAACAGUUAAAGGAAUUUAAAGAGAGUCUUUUACCAGACAUAGUUGAAAACUGGGAAAACCUUGAUAUUAAUACUCAGACUGAAAUGGCCAAGAUGUCAUCUUUCUUUUGUAAAAUGCACAUAUUUGUAAACAUGGCUAGUGAGGUUGACAAAUGUUUACAGGUUUUUGAAAGCAACGUUUGUAAUGGAAAAAACCCAUUUGCAUUUGAGUGGAAGGAGAGUGGUGCUUCUCGUCUGACUAGGACAGCGAGCAAAGCCCUAACUCUUCAUGGGUGUGAAAAGUCUGGUGUUGGCCAGCACUUUCAUACUCAUCUGAAAGAAAGAGAUAUUGAUAAUAAGCUAAUUACAUUUAGAGGUCAUAGAUUUAACCACUUGUUUUAUGCUGCUGGGGCAACUUAUCAUCAUUUAAAUGAUAUCAUUGAUUUUAUGGAAAGCUGGGCAGAUCCAAAUGAUUUAUUAAAAAGCAUUUCUUUUGAUGUCAGAGAAAAAGCUUUUGCAAGUGGCAUAAGGGCACUGGGAAUAAUUGACAAAUUAAUUACAGGUCCUUUUUGGAGAAUUAUUGAAACAUCAAAAAAUAUCUUAGAUUUAAACCCAACUCUUUGCCACUUGCAAAAAAAACUUCAGGAAUUGUCUGUUGAUGCAUCUCCACUUUUAGCUGGUGAAUUGGUAUUUGAAGGUGUGGAGGUGCAUCGAGAUUCUAUUUUUGAUUCAUUGUUGAAGGAUACUGGUGAUCCUGUAUCUGAAAUGUAUACACAGAUGGCAUUAGAGCUUUGUAUAGGUGGUAUGCUUCUAAUUCUAGAAAGGCAAGCUAAAGACCAACUGCCUGGUGGGAAGUUCUUUGAACCAUCUUUUAGGGAUCAAAUCCAUGGUAUUUCUGUACCUACAACAAAUACAUGCUCAGAGAGAGAUUUUGCCCAACUUGACAUGUUGGUAAGGCUAAAACCUUCUGCUACAACUGUAGCAUAUGAAUCUAUAAUUAUGUGGUCUAACAACAAAACAUCAAAUUGGCUUUCAAAACUAUCAGACACUGAUAGAAACAAGAUUAUAGAUGAUGCUAGGGUUAGUGCCCCACAUAUGAUUGAGUCAUUUAAAACACGACAACAAAUUCUUUUCAAUAAAAAACUUGAAAUUCUAAGAGCAAAGAAAGAAAAAAAGGCAAAUAAAGAAAACAAAGAGUACACACAAAAAGUGAAAUUAACUGGUCAAUUAAAUGAGCUUGGUGGUAUGUGGGUAACCCAACAACAAAUAGAGUGCUACAAGGUUCAAAUAGAAGAAAAACCCACAUAUAAUGUAUUGUUUAAAGAAGCUUUAAUAGCACAACUUCAAUUUAGAAAGCAGGUCAUUAAAAGCAAAGGGCCUAAGGAGUUAUAUCAACAGUCAUACUGUGAAAGAUCCCUGUCAGAAAUACAAGAUGCUUUUUGCACGGAGACAUUUGGGUCAUGUAGAAACCUCGGCACUGGAAUAAGUUUUAAAUGUAAAGAUGGACUUGAUAUGAUAGGACGCCCAUUUGCUGUUUGUACAGAAUAUGGGGAAUGGAAAGUUUUAUUUCAUUGCAAAGAAUCUCCCUUGUACCCACCACGUGACUGUACUGGUAUACCACGCCGCGCUGGAUCUGGUGUCUACAAAAUUCAUCCAACGACGUCUGUUAAGUUCGAUGUCUAUUGUGAAAUGGAUACAGAAGAUGGUAGCUGGACAGUAAAACAAAGGAGAUUAGACGGCAGUACAGACUUUUACAGAAGAUGGACAGCUUAUGAAGAAGGAUUUGGGAAUCUUACAUACAAUUUCUGGUUACAAUUUAAAUUUUCAGUAGGAAAGGCAAAAAUUCAUAAAAUAGUCGCAACUGGUAAUUAUCAACUAAGAAUAGAGUUAGAAGACUUUGAAGGAAAUACCGCUUGGGCUGAAUACACUAGAUUCUACAUUGGAGACGUUUCAACAAACUAUAGAUUGGACGUAAGCGGUUACGAAGGAACUGCUGGAGACAGCCUAACAUACCAUAACGGACAAAUGUUUUCUACGUACGACAGAGAUAAUGAUAUACAUCUGGGAAAUUGUGCAGUUAAGUUUAAAGGAGCAUGGUGGUACAAGAUGUGUCACCACUCUAGUCUAAAUGGAGAAUACCUAUCGGGAAUUAAGUCUUCUUAUACUGAUGGGGUCGGAUGGUUUCAUUGGAAAGGACACUUCUAUUCCCUAAAAUCAACAAGACUAAUGAUCAAGAAACUGUGA